AUGGCGAAAAUACCGAAGCCGCCACGGGCAUUGCCUACAACGAAAGCAGUGCCGGUCAGACGCGCGCUGCCUCUGAACAGACGAGCUCCGACCCAAUCGCCAUACGACCUGUCGAAACCAAAUCCCAAGCAAACACCAGAGGAGGCGAUCCGAAAGGUCUGGGCUGCACGACCGAAGUUGAAGGACCUACAGAGACUCUCAGACGAGCAAUUGGCAUCAGAACAACACCAGGCGAAGCUGCGGAGGUGGAGACAAUGGCCCAUGUUUGGAGUCGGGCUGGUCGCCUUCGGACUGGGAAUGUACGGCGUGAUGAUGUACGUCUCGUUGACGCGCCAUGUCGACACCAAGGACCUGCCAGCGGAUCUCACAGAUCGCUUCGACAAGGAAGCUGAGGGCUACGACGAGAAGGUAGAUACCUCCGAAAUGCUGCUCCUGCUCUCGUCGAAGCGCAAGAAGCUGGCCAAGCUGGCGCGAGGACAUGUGCUGGAAGUUGCCGUAGGGACGGGCAGGAACAUAGCAUACUACAACACGAAGCAAUGCGCGACCGUAACAUUGCUCGACAGCAGCGCGCCCAUGCUGGAGGUCGCGCGGCGGAAGUGGAACGACACACACAAGGAGUACUUCAGCCGGGUCUUCUUCAAGCGGCAAUCCGCUCUGGACCCCAUCACGCCGCCAUUUGACGCCCAAGACGGCUACGACACGGUGAUUGAGACAAUGGGCCUCUGCUCGACGCCGGAGCCCGUGAAGCUGCUGCAGAACAUCGAGGCAUGCACCAACGAGGACGGACAGAUAUUGCUUCUGGAGCACGGCAAGUCGCAUUACGAUUGGCUCAACGGUUUGCUGGACAAGACUGCACCGGCCCACGCCGACGAGCACGGGUGUUGGUGGAACAAGGACAUUGGGAAGAUCGUGGAGGACAGCGGACUUGAAGUUGUGAACAUCAAAAGGUACAACUUCGGCACGACAUGGUGGUUAGAGCUGAAGCCUCGGAAGGGUCUGCGGAAGAAGAUAGCCGACGUUGCGACGGCAGCUGCAAAGGGUGAGCAGCGGCUUGUGCCGCAGACCGAGUCCGCGGUGACACAAAAACCGUGGUGGUCGCUGUGGAGAUGA